GAUAGUCUGUGACCUUAAAUGACGCUAACGGAAUUAAUCCAUUGAUCUGGUGUACGUGACCAUUUCCUUUUCGGUAUUGGAUGUUAAUUAGGUCAAAUAUUAAGGGAUUUCUUUGUUGAUGUGUAGCUAAGAGAGUUUCGGUUGAAUUGUGUCAAUAAUCAACACGCACUCGAAAGUAAGAGGUAAUCAUGUUUUCCUUGGAGAGUUUCUCUAAUGUUCUCACAAUCAUUUGUUUUUGUCUGGAAGCAUACCAUAUUGUUGGACAUUGUGCUGUCUUGUUUAGAGUGCGUCUGUUACCUCGGAAAGACUUAGUUCGAAUUAGGUAUUACUUCUUGAUAGAUCUGAUGACAGUUUUUGUAUCAUCGUUUGUGGUUCUUGGAAGGUUACAGUGGCUAGCUGUAAUUCAGAUGUGCCAACAUAUGUAUUAUUUCCUAUUCUGGGAACAGACAGGUCCUGCAAAAAAGAUAAUUAGUUGGAGUUCGAUAGAUUGGACCAAGAGCAAGUUCUAUAAAGAAUGGCAUCUUGACUCCAUCUUGGGAACAGCGUUCGAUGUUGGCGUCCAUGUUCUAAUGGCAUUCCUACUUGGCCAACGUAUGACAACAGUCCAAGUGAUAAUUGGCCUCGUUAUAGUACAGUGUUCAUCCUUCACCAUCAUGAAUGGACCAUGGCUAGCAUGGAGUAACCCUUGGGAUACCCCGAAAUGGAUUGAAAAACGUGUCAAACCUCUCCAGACCUAUUAUUCUUCAUCACAAGAUUAAUGUUAAUUAUAUUAAUAGUUUAAACAUUUAGUUUCCUUUUUAGAGAAUCAUUUACGGUUAUGAAAUGAUAUACGAAUACGUUAUAGCUAUGCAAAUAAUAAUGUGCUCAUAUCAGAACAAACAUGUAAACCAAGAACAAUUAAUUCACCUAUUGUUAUAUAGUAUGGUAGGGGUUGGUUGAUGUUGUAUGUACACAAAACGUUUUGUUUUGUUUUAACUUUAUCUAUUAACAAAAAAAAAUAAUAUCUCUAAGCAAAAACGUUCACUUGCACGUAACAUAUUCUAUAUGAAUUUUAUUAUAGCUAGUUUCUUACCAUUUUAGUACAUAGUUCUGCUGACCAAAAUACCAAUAUAAGUAAUGUCAGAAUGUCCAUUAAUAAUUUUCCUAUACCAUCUGCUCAGAACGAGACUCUUUUCAAUCAUCUGAUAAAGUCGCAGGUGUGUAGUUUUAAAUUGUGAAAACGCUGACCAAACAUCAUGGCGGAUGUUUCUAUAAAAGUACAAAGUGCAAAAACAAGCAAAAUUUAUAUAUGGCCAUCUUUGUCAAAUAAUUUGCUGAAUUUAAGGACUUGUUUAACCCUGUCACAUUCUUUACUUGCCUGUCCUAAGCCAGGUGUCUGUCAUUGAGUUUUAUCUUAUGGUUUCCGAAAAAUAAAUGAUCGAAAGGACAUUCACCUAACUUUUUUUUUACAGUAAAAAGCUUCAAGGGGUUUUCCUUUGAAAUUCUUGCUGAGUUAUGUUAUAAAGGACCAAAGGGUCUAAAGUCUAAAUAUUAAAUAACCUUUGAAUGGACUUUUUAAACUAGCAUUGUUAAAAUAAGUUGUUUGUGGUUCUUAAGAAAAUGGGUUUGAAAUAACUUCCAUGCUAACUUAAAAUGCAGUCACAUCUUACUCUUCUUGGUGUAGCAUUUUAAUUGUUGUGAGAUUUAAAAUAAAUUGUUGGUUGUUUACCUUCGUUUGAUCUGAUCAGAAAUCUUAUUGGAAGAUUUAUUUGUAUAUUUUUUGUCAAUCCGGUGAUGAUGGAUACAUAUUGUUUAUUUUUGGCGUUUGUUAUGUUUCUUUUUUUUUAAUUUUCUUUUAUAGUUUAUGCUUUAUUAUUUACAAUAGAUACGAGACAUUUUAAAACAGUUUUUCUUGUUUGUUGUAACUCCUUCAAAUGUGACAAAGCGACAGUUGUAAUCAUACAUUCUCCAAAUUCCAUUAAGCCAAGGUUUUAAAAUUUUGAUAUUUACUGCAAUUGUCUUUCCGCUCCUGUUCAUGGACUUGAUAGCAAAAAAAAUUAUAGCUUCAAGCUGGCAAGAAAAUGUUCAGACACAUUUAUAUCUAACAAACAAUGUAAAAACUAAAAAAGUCACUUUUGAAAUAUGUAAAAAGUAAAAAUAAUUAUGAACUUCGUAAACAUGAAGAUUUUCGUGAUCAUUGCAUACUUAUUGAUAUUAUUAACUGAAAAAUGGGGUUUUAUUUAUGUGAAUUAUUUAUUAUAAAUAUGUAUAUGUGCAUUGUACAAAGGAUUCGAACAAGAACUACACUGAAAUUUGUGCUAUUCUUCAGAAUAUUUUAACUUUACGCCUUUCUUCAGAAUGUUUUAACUUCACGCCUUUCUUCAGAAUAUUUUAACCUAAUGCAUUUCUUCAGAAUAUUUUAACUUUAUGACAUUCUUUAGAAUAUUUCGACUUUAUGCCAUUCUUCAGAAUAUUUUGACUUUAUACCAUUCUUAGAAUUUUUUGACUUUAUGCCAUUAUUCAGAAUAUUUUGACUUUAUGCCAUUCUUCAGAUUAUUUUAACUUUAUGCCUAUCUUCAGAAUAUUUUUUAAUUAUAUGCCUAUCUUCAGAAUAUUUUAACUUUAUGCAUUUGUUGAGAAUGUAUUAUUCAUCCAUAUAUACAAAACAAUACUAUGUUGAUGAUAAGUACUACCACUAGAUUUUGUCUUACCAAUGCUACACAUGUGUUUGUAUUGUCUACUUGAAUACUUUUUAGCAAGUAAGAUUUUAUAACAAUUUUUAAAUGAGGAGAAAAAAUAUGUCAUAAGUGUUUGAAAAUUCAGGUUUUUUUAGCAUUAGCCAUUUUGAUAUUAGUCAGAUGUUUUCUGCUGUGGAUCACCAUUUCUAACACCAAAGUAUUAUUUAUAUAUUAUCUUUAUUUAUAUACAAUAUUCUUGUGAUGCGUAUGAAAUUAUACAUAUUUAUUAUAAAAGAAGGUACAUAUUGAUAUUAUAUUCAUGUUCUCUGGUUGACUUUUAAGAUAUUGUUAGACAAGCAUCUAGCCACUCGACUUUAUAAGUAUAUAUUAUAUUAAGACUAACACUGUUUAUAUGAAACAAGGAAACUUGCAGUGAAUACUAAAUUAUAAAUUUGUGAUAUCUUUCAACAGUUAACAAUAUCCUAAAAAUGGACGGGCCAACAUGUUAUGUGGAAUUGUUAAAAUAGAGUUUAUCAAUUACAGUUGACUUGUUAUUAUAACUCAUCUAUAGUUCAAAUUGGGGACUUUGAUCUUUUUUUGCUGAUGUAUUUAAGUUAAGCUCUAAAAUAUUGUAAUGUUUUCAAAAGUAUUGGGUUUUUUUCCCUGUGAUACAUGUACCAAUAUCUUUUACAGCAGAUUACUGACAUUUCAACUUUUUAGUUGUUUAAAUAGAUUGUUGUGAACUCAUACCUUUGAGUAAUAUUGAGCAUGAUAUAAAUUUGAUUUUACAGUUACACUGCUAGAGAAAGUUUGCUACUGCUUAUCCAUGACACGCUUACCUCUAAACUUGACUUAAUAAUUUUAGAAAGAUAUAUUUUUUGGAAAGCCAAUUAUAAUGUUUCUGAAUCAUCUUGGUGUCUACUGUCUAGUCGUAGGUGGUAAUUUCAAUGAUAUAUAAAGACAGGUUAGUAGAGAUAAUGAUGUAGAAUAGCACAAUCAAUGCAAUUUAUUUGGUAGAAAAUGUCACAAAUUUUUAUUUUUAUUAAUUACUGUUGUUUUAAUAUAUUUUAUUAUCAUUUGUCAGAAGAGUGUGUGUUCUGUAUUAAAAUUAAAGUGUUAAUUGAAUUUCUGUAAUUUUAAUGGUUAUGAUUGUUACAUUUUCGUUUAUUAAAAGAAAUUUUGCUGUG